AUGGACUUGACAAGACACCUUGAAGAUUCUUCCGUUCGACCAGAGAAUGUCGCAGCGCGCGCCCCCAAGCGACCUCGCAUGAAGGCACCCAAGUCGCGGCGCGGCUGCUCACGGUGCAAGCAGAGACAUAUUAAAUGCGACGAGAGCCACCCGGCCUGCAAUAACUGCGCGAAUAUCGGCCGUCAGUGCCCGGGGUUCCAAAAGGAACUGCGCUGGUCGAAAAAGUAUGAGCGGGCUGGGAAAUCACCAUCUCUGGGCACUGCAGAGCAAAACCUGAAUGGUCCUCCUACUUCCAUAGCCUCAAUAGAGCAGGUCGACGACAGGAGUAAUGAAGCUCAUUGCAUUCCGCAAGACGUCUUCAACUCCUGGAGUGUCGACACCGAUCCCAGCAUACUGCCCUUCUUGGACUCCAGCGUAUUCCUACAUGGAAUUAAUACUUUGGUAGCAGAGAAUACGGCGUCGGAUAGUGCCACUGCGAACUUGACUCCGUCCAAUGCUUUGGAUACAACAAGCCCCGGGAUACUACGCACCCCUACCCAUCUACCAACGAUGUUGAUCGAGCAUUGGUUUGGGUCCAUUUGCCCCAUGUGGUCUGCCUUUGACUCGGCCGUGAGUUACAAUCGCCAGCUGGCUUGGAGCUCCUGGACCUCCUCAAAGGCCGUCUUCUAUACAAUGCAGGCCAUGUCCGCGGCCUACCUCUCGGUCACCAUGCCGCGCUUUUGCGAGACUCUAUCCUCACUCAGCUCCUUGGCGGUUGCAGCUAUCAAUGAGGAAAUCCGCUUAGUCCGCAUAUCCCAGACACCAAAGGUCAAGUACGACCUUAUUUACGCGGUAUUCACACUGGGGAACUCAAUCCAUUCCACCGCCUCGACAAUCUCCGAGAAUCCAUGGCUGGAGCCGGCUCGCGAAUUGCUGUCGUUAUGGACACUCGACAUGUCGCUCUCAGACAUACCAAUCCAUUCGUAUUUCUGCCAGGCCCUGACGUAUUGGGAGAUGCUCCUCGCCGCGCGGGGCUGUGGAUCUGUCCCUGCAAAGCUGGCGAAGAAGCGACAGCGAUAUUAUGCGCACAUUCAACAGGCGAUGGGGUUGGCUAACUAUAGCAAUAAUAACAACACGGUUGCCCAAGACUCAACUCUGUACGGACAGGAACAGGCUCCACUAGGAACAGGAACAAGACCUAACUCAUGGUCGGGAGUUUCGAGUGAGGUUAUUGAUGUUUUCGGUCAGGUCCUAGCGUUAUGCCAUAACGCACAUCACCACAGCAAAGACCAAGGCCAAAACCAAAGCCAAAGCAUCAACGCGAACACGGCAACUGCCAGUCUGUGCGACAUAUCGCUGGCCCACGAAUUACAAAGAGGCCUGUUAGAUAUGGACUUCGAAUCGCUGAUUCUCAUGGACGAAGUCCAGGGAUUUCCCGUCCAGACGGAAGACGAGAAUACACCAACAGCCCAUCUGCUGCAGACCGCCGAGGCGUAUCGUCAGGCUGCCUUGUUGCAGCUCCAUUUGGCAUUCCAAGAUCUGCCGGUAACCCCGCAGAAUACAGUCGACGGGCUGACAGAUGCCUAUCCUGGCGGUAGUAUGUAUGAUAUGGCCGUGCAAAGCCACCAAUCUCGAAACGAACAUAUUCUUGCAAUGGCUCUGGGCUUGGUCAAUAUCAUAGAACGUGUUCCUAGUCAGUCGGGGGCGACGUCUAUUCAUCUAAUGCUCUAUCUUUCUGCCGCGACGGGGCUUAAGGUUGAAGCAUCCGAUGGAUGUCACGGAAGCUAUGGUGUGGCUAGCAUGGAUAUAGUCAUUCCUGGAUCAACCUUGGAAGUAUCGCGAGCGAGACAGGUCAUUCUCGCACGGCUCGAUGGCCUCCGACAGACGCUCCCUCAUAGGAGGGUAGAUAGUACGAUUGAGUUUGUAAAGGAUAUUUGGAAGCAGUAUGAUACGCAGGAGUCGCCGGCUCGCAGUGUCGUUUAUUGGUUGGAUAUCAUGGCCAGGAAGGGCUCUACAGUGACACUAUGGUGA